AUGUUUAGGGCUGCAAUUAGGUACUUUUCAACAAAACCCAAGCCAAAACUGAAACCAACAGAGCUUAAAACACCACCGGAGCAAACCCAGACAAUAACAAGAGUCAUUUUUGACGUUGUGAAGGAACACGGUCCUCUCACUAUUGCAGAAACCUGGGAAAAGGUCCAGGAAGUUGGAUUGAGAGGUUUGACAAGCAAAAGGCAUAUGAAAAUAGUGUUGAGAUGGAUGAGAGAGAGGCAGAAGCUCAAACUUAUUUGCAACCAUGUAGGGCCUCAUAAGCAGUUUCUUUAUACAACCUGGUUCAUCAAAGCCAACUUCAAGCAGCAAGCAAAGCCAUUGAAUAAACAGCAUUCACCUUCAUCACCCAAGUUGCCUUGA